GGCGAGGCGGCAGCCGCGGCUCCCCGGGCGAGGCGGGGUGUGCUUCCAGCCCGCCCGCCCGCUAUGUGGAGCGGACCGGGGCGGCCGGCUGGACGCGGGGAGCAGCCGGAGGUAUCAGGAGUUGAAAUGACAUAGAAAAGUCUUCGAAGAGCAGACUGUGAAAUUAACUCCUUCCACUUGAUACUGAAAGAAGAUAAACUGAAACUUCAGGAAUUAUGAUCUGCUCAUUGGCAAGUUACAGGAAAAGCACAUAUAAGGCAACUGAAUAAAGUCUGUGGUAUGAGGGCUUUGUCAGAUAAACUGUCCAAAAGAAGUACAUACUCAGAGGCUGUUAUGUUAAAGUGUUGAACUCUGCUUUGUGUGUCCCUCCCUACUACCCCAACACUUCUACAUGUGAAAUGUUUCAGAAGAAGGAGCUGGUGUGGCUUAUUUGUCACUGAACUACAUUGGAUAUAAAAAAGUAAUGCAGGGUGCAGAGGACAGUGCAGCUUGAACAGUCUUAACCCAGCAUUUGAAAAAGCUUCUGUUUUGCAGCAAAAUAUGACACCUGUAGUUUUGCUCAUUGGUCAUCUCAUUCUACUGAUACCUCUGUUCAGUGCUGAGGAAUGUGUUCUUUGUGAUUACUUUGUGCUUGUUGGAGAGCCUACAGCUAUUACUUGCCCCAUUAUUACACUGCCAGUGCUUCACUCUAAUUACAAUCUGACGUGGUAUAAAAAUGCUAGUGCUACACCAGUAACUACAGAGACAAAUGCCAGGAUCCACCAGCGAGAGGGCUUGCUUUGGUUUGUUCCUGCAAUGCUGGAAGAUUCUGGACCUUAUGAAUGCGGUGUAAGGAGCCUUAACCACUCUAACAAAAAAACUAUAAAUUUAACAGUUUUUAAGAAUGAUAAUGGCUUUUGUUUUAAUGGAAAAAUGAAGUUUGAACAAAAAGUGAUGAGCACAAAUACUGGAAAGAUUAUAUGUCCUGAUCUAGAACAAUUUAAAGAUGAAGACAAUAAUCAGCCUGAAGUACAUUGGUAUAAGGAGUGUAAGUCUGGAUUUCUUGAAGACAAGCGACUUCUUUUGGCAGAGGGUGAAAAUGCUGUCUUGAUUCGUAACGUAACCGUGCAAGAUAGAGGAAACUACACGUGCCGUAUGGUGUACACCUACAUGGGAAAACAGUAUAAUGUUUCAAGAACCAUAAGUCUGGAAGUUAAAGAAAAACCACCACAGAUAAAACCAGAGUUUAUUUAUCCGAAGAACAAUACAAUUGAAGUAGAACUUGGCUCUCAUGUAGUUAUGGAAUGUAAUAUAUCAAGUGGCAUAAAUGGCUUAAUUCCAUUCUGGCAAGUUAAUGAUGAGGAUGUUGAUAUCUUUGAUAAAACCUACAGGGAACAGUUUUAUGAUACAGACACAGUUGCUAAUCCUCAAGAACACAAAGCAGAAGCUCUUGUUGCAGGACAUUUAGCGCGAAACAUUCAGGGUUACUUAAUUGGAGGAGGAGUUUCCUUGGUAUUUCUAGUAUGUUUUACUCUCUUUAUCUACAAGAUCUUCAAAAUUGAUAUUGUGCUUUGGUAUCGGGACUCCUGCCAUCCUUUCCUGGGUAAAAAAGUUUCAGAUGAGAAGAUCUAUGAUGCUUAUGUUCUGUAUCCAAAGAACAGAGAGAGCUGCUUGUACUCAUCAGAUAUUUUUGCCCUGAAAAUACUUCCAGAGGUCUUAGAAAGACAGUGUGGAUAUAACCUCUUUAUAUUUGGGAGGGAUGAUUUACCAGGAGAAGCUGUGAUCAGUGUUGCUGAUGAAAAAAUCCGUCAAAGUAGAAGAGUGAUAAUUGUUUUAGUACCAGAGCCCUCCUGUUAUAGCAUUCUAGAAGAUGUGUCUGAAAAGCAGCUAGCCAUGUAUAAUGCUCUUAUCCAAGAUGGCAUUAAAGUAAUUCUCAUUGAACUUGAAAAAAUACAAGAUUAUGCAAUCAUGCCGGAAUCCAUCAAAUAUAUUAAGCAAAAGCAUGGGGCUAUCCGAUGGAAAGGGGACUUCUCAGAAAGGUCUCACUCAGCAGGUACCAGAUUCUGGAAGAAAGUGCGCUACCACAUGCCAUCCAGAAAAAGUGAAUCUUUGUCAGGAUUGCAUUUGUUACCAAAAGACUUGAAUUCACCUUAAAUAACAAAAGGGAAAUGACACUUAGUGACCGAUUCAGUUCACAUAGUUGGUGAUGGACUGACUGAAAGUCACGCGCAUCUGUUUUGUGCAAUCUUAUCCAGAUUUUCUUAAGUGAAGGUACUACAGCUUUAUCUACAGAUGUGAAUUUUUUUUUCUUCUGGCUGGAUCAAAAGAAAAACUUGAAAUAUCAUCAGUAGCACAUGUAGGAAGCACACGAGUACUUUUCCAAGAAUUGCACUGUGAUUUGGUGGAAUUCUCAUAGUGUUGAAAAUAGGAGGCGAAUCCCCAGAAAACUUGUUUUUUUACAAGUAAAGUCUGGAUAUGAAGAGAAUCAUAUUAAUUAUAAUCAUGAUAUUAUGGAAUGGGCAUGGUUGAUGCCAGUAAAUAUUUGUUUCAUUUUUUUUAAUGACACAAAACUUUUCUUUGUUGCAAGUUUGUUAUUUGCCUUGUUCGGUUUACUGAAAGAUAAAUUCCCCUGUGGUACUGCCUCAUUGUGCUGUCGUCCAAGAGAAAAGCUCAUGGUAUGCAGUCCAGCCAAUAGAGUUCCAGCAACCUCAAGCCUCCUGAAUUACUUCUGCUGACUGGAAUAGAUUGAAUGGAAAACUGCUACUUGUUAUCCCUACCUUUAGGGAUUGGGAAAGUUAUUUUACUGAGCCAAAAUACUGGUUUUUAAAAAAUAUUUGUUCCUUUUGAUAUACUUGCACAAAUGAUGCUAAAGUUUUCAUGUGUGUUAUGUAAAGGCACUUUGAAGAAAGGUGCAUUUUUAAAUUCAAUAAAGGCACUACAAAGUUUUUUC